UCUCAUUAUUGUUUUGUUAGAGAGUAGUAGUGCAAGAUCUAGUGUUGAGCAAAAUGAAGGUGGGACCAAACAAUGAGUCGCCUGGAUUCAUUGCUUCUAUCAAAUCCAAUUCGUUGGUUCAUGUACUUCUUGCUUUUGUAUUCGUUGUAAGCGGACUAAUUGUUAACAUUCUUCAAGCAAUGACAAUGAUAGUAUGGUGGAUUGGGAAUAAGGAUUUAUAUCGGACAUUGAAUAUAAGAUUGGCUUAUUUACAUUGGGCAUUGAUUCCAUUUUUGUCUGAAUGGUGGGCCGGUGUUAAAGUUACCUUGUAUAUGAAGCCUGAUGAUUUUCGAAAAGUGAACAAAGAGAGUGGAAUUGUUGUAUUGAAUCAUAAAUAUGAUAUGGACUGGGUCGUAGGAUGGGUAGUUGGAGACAGAGUCAAGAUAUUAGGGAAUGCUAAAUGCAUGGCAAAGAAAGCUCUAUCAUACGUUCCACUUCUUGGAUGGUCUUGGAGAUUUUGUGAAUAUAUUUUUGUGAAAAGAAAUUUGGAAAAUGAUACGAAGACUAUAUUGAAGGCCAUGGAAACACUUAAGGAGUUCAAACACUAUUACUGGAUGUUGAUAUUCUGUGAAGGAACGCGUUAUACAGAAAAGAAAUUUAAAUUAAGUAUGGAAAUUGCAGAAAAGAAAGGCUUGAAACCAUUGAAACACCAUUUGUUACCAAGAACAAGGGGUUUCAGAAUGAUGACGCAGGGAUUGAGAAGCAGUGCAUCAUGUGUGUAUGACUCUACAAUAUACGUAAGAGACAAUAAAACACCAACGCUUAUUGACUUGCUUCAUGGGAAAUCUUUUGAUAUUGACUUCUUGGUCAUGUUUUCUAUAACAGACGUGUUCCUCUUGAAGAAGUACCUGAUGAUGACGAAGGAUGUGCAGCUUAUUUGCAUGAGAUGUACUAUAAAAAGGACUGUGACUUUGAUCACUGUACAAAAUUCAAUGGAUUUCCCAUUACUGAUGGAGGGGAAGGAAACAGAUUGCAAGGGUUUACCGCUUGUGACUGUCCAAGAAGGGCUGAAUGCUUAUGGAUUGCUAUAUCAUGGAUGGUCCUUGUUCUCUCUCCACUUUUCUAUUACAUUUGGACACUUCUUAUUAAUGGUGCUUUAUUUCAAGUUGCAGCCAUAGGUGUAGUGCUAUUAAUAGUAUCAUUUAUCUUCAAAAAAAUCAUGGCUCAAGGUGCUGUGUCGAGUUCUUCAUCAAGUUAUGGAGCAGAGAAGAAAGUGAACUAGACUGAAUUAACUGUUCAAGUUGUUGGUAAUUUACAAGAUCGGAAUGUUUUUUCAUUAGAUUGUAAUUCAAUUACAAAAUCGCACACCUGAUUCAAAAAUAGGUCGAAAGUGACCAAAAAUUUUUAAAAAUAAAAGAAAGCAUCAUUUGAUCAUGCCUCAGAAUACAACAUAGUUGAAGAAAUUUGUACAACUCAUGUAUGGAUUUAGUAAUUACACGGACUCUUAGGACUGAGCAGCAAACAAAAUGCCAGAGAUAUGUUACUGUAAAAGUGAUACAUCUUGUAUAUACAUAUUAUUAUUAUCUUAUCCAAUCUAUGCCUUCAGUUUUUUUUUACUAGUGAUUUGAAAAAUUUCAAUAUGGCAAUUUUAUUUGUGUGCAUAUUAUACUGAAGAUAAUUUUAAGAGCAAAACUAUUUCUGCAGGUUUUAUUGUUUUUUUUAACAAAAUUUAUAUUUCUGUGUAAUUAGUUAUAUAUGUCUAACUUGUCGGAUUUUAUAUUUGUUUUCUGAUAAUUUUGAGAACAAAAAAAUUUAUGCAUGUCA